UGGCUAAGAUCAAGUGUAGUAUCUGUUCUUAUCAGUUUAAUAUCUGAUAUGCGGGCCAUCGGUCUGCUCGAUAUUAACUCUAUUUUUUAAGGGAAAAAGCCCACUAAGAUAGCUUGCUAUCUGGGCUUUUAAGAGUCGUCCAUGCGUUGCACUAUUGCACGGGCUGGCUCAACCCGCCAUAUCAACAAGGCGAAGAUGGCGAACCCUAGGAGGACAGUGACGGAGAACCAUAGAUUAUCACCAUUGAUCAAUCUACUGAAGAAGCCUCAAGCGUUUCCUCUGCUUCUCUCCUUCUUCCUCUUCCUCACAUGGAUCACUCUCAGGUUACAGCACUCUUCUCACCUCUCUUCGCAUGCGAAGAGUCACCAUCAUCCUGAUUCGGAAGUCCUCGACGGAGACGAUAAGGUUAAUCUGAUCCGGUUCGACUUAGCGUCGAUUUCGCCUGUUAGAAAAGACGAUCGCGGGUGGCUGCUUGAUCCCGUUACUCUUGCUCGUGAUUCUCAGCUCCACGGUGGAGCAGCCAUGUGUGUUUCCAUUCAUGUUGGUGAAAUCAAGCCUGGUGAAUUGAGGGGAAACCACAGACACCAUACUUGUAACGAGACGUUUGUCAUAUGGGGAGCCAAGACGAGAUUCAGGCUGGAGAAUCACAAGGUGGAGAAAGGCUAUGCAGAAGUGUUAAUUGGAGAGGAUGAAGUAGCUGUAGCGGUUAGUCCUAGUGGCACAGCACAUGCUAUAGUAAAUGUUGAUCCUGUGCGUUCUACUUUCUUAAUUGGCUGCCAAGACAGUAAUAUGCACAACAGCUCAACUAGCGACUACAAAGUAUGGAAAGAUCUUUAAUCCCAUAUUUGUUUAGUUUCUUCAUUUGGAUUUUCAUUGGCCUUUUAUGUAAUCAGCUUCUCUGGUUUCUUUCUUUCGAGCUCUUAUUUGUACAGAAUAGGCUUUGUUUCUUUUGUCGGUGUCUGUUACUCUGAUUAUUAACCCUGAAACUUCCAAUGUCUAGAGUGCAUUGUUAUGUUUCAUGAUACUA